AUGCCACAACAGGAUUCCAUGGGUCCAGCUGUAGACUCUGGAGCUUUCAAUCUCACAGUCUUCAACAACAACAGCAGCAGCAGUUGUGAAAGCGAUGACCUGAGCAAUUCCGAUAGCGAUACCUCGUGCCAUAACGAACUCUCUUCAUCUAAAAGCUCUAGUACCUUCCACACAACAGCCUCUCGCAGAUACCAGUGCGAAGAAUUAAUCAGGCCGAAAAAGACACGUUGCCACAAGGAAUUCAAAAGAUCAGAACAUCUCCGCCGUCAUAUCAGAACUGCCCAUUGCGUUGACUACUUCCCCAAUUACGAAUGCAAGAUUCCUUCUUGCUCCAAAAAGUUCAAAAGGAGAGACAAUUUGCGCCCACACUAUCUCACACAUUUGAUACGUACGAAAAUAGCUGAUCCAAGAAAGAACAAGGUGGUGACGUUCCAGGAACUGGAGAAAAUUCUUGGUUCUGAGGAAGAAGAUCUGCUAAAAUCACUCAAGGCGAAGCUAGGUAAAACCUGA